CAUAAACAAAAUAAAAAAAGGAGGAAUCAAAAGAUCGACGCAUAACUGUUCUAUAUUUUCUUACAGUGGGCGGCUUAAAAAAAGAAGGUCGAAGGCGAAUGAUAAUCGCUGUCCAAAGACUAAUUACUUAUCGCAACAAUUAAACUUUCGACACAUAGGCUAAAUGAUAAAAUGUUCAACUGGUUCAUUCCCGUGUGACAUCUUUAGUUAACAUAUGAUAUACAUAUCUUUGUUUUGACUAACAUCUUUAAAACAAAAUGACCCAGAAGCAAUUCCCUACCUGGCUUCCAAUUUUCUGUAUAAUUUUAAUACUCUUUGUGACAUUGAGCCAUGCAACUACAGCAAGUGUUACAAAUCAACCCGUCGAAGUGACUUUUCCAACAGCUUUUACAAGCUUUGUACGAGUCAAAGAUUCUAACUCAUCUGUGAACUACACCUCUGAGCCUACGGCUGAACCUACAACGACCCUUAGCUAUACAGAUUUUACCACAAUAAACGUAACCACAGAAGCUUAUAAUACCACCACAGUGGAGGUAACUACAGGGGAUUACACGACAGCAGGCACCACUGGAGGUACCACCGCAGCUACCAGUGACAAUAGCACCUUGCCCAAAUAUGUAGGAUUCAUCAGUGCAGGGGUUGCUGUUUUUCUUUAUGGAAGUAAUUUUGCACCUGUCAAGAAGUUUGAAACUGGAGAUGGGAUGUUCUUUCAGUGGAUUCUGUGUGGGGGUGCCCUUCUGGUAGGAAUUAUAGUACAGGUGAUUCGUGGCACAAACCACUUCUACCCACUGGUAAUGUUAGGUGGUUUAAUAUGGGAAACAGGCAAUAUUUGUGUUGUUCCGAUCAUCAAGACAAUUGGCAUGGGCCUCGGUCUGUGUAUCUGGGGUAUGACCAACCUUCUCAGUGGCUGGGCGACCAGCAGAUUUGGUUGGUUUGGUUUGACCGAGAGUACCAACAUUGGAGAUUACACGCUGAACACUGUGGGUGUCAUUGUGGCUGUAUCCAGCUCGAUUGUAUUUGCCUUUGUUAAGAAUAACGUCACCCCAAUUGACCUACCAACUGACACGGAACCUCUCCUGGGUGGCUCGCCUGCCAGACAAACCUAUGGAACCUCUGGGGACUCCCUAUACAGUAACUCAAACAAUCACGAUCAGUUGGUCUUUAAUCAGAGAAGAUCAAGAGGAAGCAUCAAUGCUGAAUCUUCCGAUUCCGAGGACAGUACUUUUAUAGACAGGUUGUCUCCUGGCAGCAAAAGAGCUCUAGGUAUAGUGCUGUCUGUGUUCUCAGGGAUCCUCUAUGGUCAGAUGUUUACACCGGCCAUCUAUCUCCAGGAUCAUGGUCACUCCAAAAACGCUUUGGACUAUGUGUUUGCCUGUUUCUGUGGGAUAUACAGUACAAGCACAGUGUAUUUUGUCAUCUACAUCAUCUUCAUGAAGAACAAGCCCAAGGUCUAUCCCAAGGUCAUCCUCCCAGGGGUGAUCUCUGGUCUCAUGUGGGGUGGGGCUACAGCCGGCUGGUUUGUAGCCAAUCAGGUCCUGUCUCCCGCCAUAGCAUUUCCCAUAAUUACCACAGGACCUUCCAUCGUUGCUUCACUAUGGGGAAUUUUUAUAUUCCAUGAAAUUAGGGGAACCAGAAACAUUUGCAUUUUACUGCUGGGCUUUGUUUUUGUGAUAACUGGAGCUGUACUCACUGCACUAUCUGAAAAAUAGUGAUCUCCCUUUUCCUAGAUGUAAACAAUACAAACUAUACCUUGGUGAUAUUGGGUUUAUGCUCUGUGAUACUUCAUUUCAAGCAUCAUCAAAACCAAUAAUCUGUAAGACAUUUUGCUUUUUAAAGAAAGCAGUCAUAUUCACUCCACUGAAUACUCUGUAUAGUUUUAAAAAGAUGGAAUAUUUUGACUUGAGAGUAAUACAUGUGUCCGAUUCAAGGAGAAAUAAGACAACUCUAUUUUGUGACAAUUAAAAAAAAUAAACAGUGCUUGAUAUUUUCUAUCUUUUUCUAAGUACAUAGUUCAUUUGACUAAACCAUCAGCUUUUAACCUGACAGUCACAAGGUCAGACGCGACCUAUCUUCCUUUUAUGUCUAUUUUUCCUAUCUCCACAAUGUGAAGAUUUCCACUAAGUAAUCCCAUAAUUAUAUUUUUAUGCUAUAUGAUACUUUUUUAUUUAGAUAUUAGGAGUUCAAUCAGAAAUAUAUAAUAUGGCUUUAUUUAUAAGGAUUCAAAUCCAUUUUGCAUGCUAUAUUUUAAGGAAAAUUCUAAAUAUUCUAGCUCCGCAAAGAGCCUGGUAAUGUACCCUGAAUUUUUGGGAAUUAACAGGAUUAAAUGUUAAUAAAUGAGGAAUGAUAUAUCAAGGAAAAUUAUAUAAAAUUGAGGAACGUCUCAUGUGUCUAUAAAUUCUGUCUUUCACUUGGUUUCACAAUUGUUACUCUUCUUAGAUUAUGCAUAUAGUUUUGUAAAAGAUUGUAUAUUUUGAAAAAUUUAAAAUAUUGAUUGAAAAAAUAUGUACUUUAAUCAUGUAAGCUUUACUCUCCCAUUAUACUAAAAUUGGUUUUUGUUUAAAAAAAUUAGCUAUAACACUCUUAGUAGUUUAAUCCUGUUAAAUGGAGUCAAGAAUCAUUACAAUGUAAAUUUUAAUUUCAGAAUACUGGUAAUUGGAACAGUAUGUUAUCAUCUUUUUCAUAAAAAUGAAUACAUUUUAAAAGAAAUAGCUUCAAAUUUUAAGUAUACAUGUAUCUGCAUCGUCUCCCAUGACAACUGAGUGAAUUCCUCAUAUUGUUUAUUCAUUGUUUUGUGCAUGAGCUGUGAUGACUUUAUUUUCAAAUCUACUUACGGUAGUACCGGUAUUUUUUUUAUAUAGGUUGUAAUUGUAAUAUUUUAUUUUGACACCAAUGUAAAGCCUGCUCUUGUUAUUGUUAGCGAAGCAUUUACAAAGAGUAUUUUGCCUGGAGAAUAAAAUCCUUGUAUUACUGUGAUACAAUAUGCAGGUUUAAUAAUGUAGGAUUUUCAAUGAUUAGACAAAUUAAUAUAACAGUCCAUCUUAGAGGAGUAUAAAAUAAAAGAAAUGUAGCA